UCGGUGGGAAUGCCAAAAACCAGUUAACACAGCAGCGACCCAUAUUACUGGGUUGCGUUGAUUCUAUGCAUUUCCGUCAGCUUUCCAACUUGUUCACAGUCAGAGAUAAAUUAUGCCCGUUUCCCUGCAUAAUCCAAAUGUUUUACUUCGAUAAGAAAAUGCGCACGUCCAGCAACGCACUCAAACCAGUCGACCAUAAUUCCGAACCGGGUUCGCACUGCGCAAGCCACCAACCACAUGGACAACAUUCCCUGUAGAAAAGCGUCACAUCCACGGUAAAAGAUUUUCCAGGUAAUCGGAAUGGUUCGACACGAAACACAUGGCUUUCCACGAAUGUCUCGUGCCAAAUGUAUCCAAUAAUGCUUCCAACUUCUAAGGUCUCCGUUAUACAGCACGUCAGCAGUUAUAAAAGAUGUCGGAAAUCUACCAGCCUGCGACGGUUGAGCUCCUAGGUCCGGUUGUGCGGCAGUGGACCGACAGGAGUAAGUGUGAACCACCUGCAGAAGAGAACAGGAAGUUUCAACGGGCCUGGGAUCGUCCAGUGAUUGACUCUGUGCUGUCGGCGCUGCUGCUAGCCGCCACGAACGAAACCGAUAAAGCUGUACUGCUGGCCGCUCUACAUCGUGACUCCGGUGCAUGGUUAAAUGCACUCCCGGCACCAAAUCUGCGCACAUUCCUUCGGGACGAAGAGGUGAGAGUUGGCGUUGCCCUCCGUUUUGGACUUCCAGUUGUAGAGGAACACGACUGUGUAAAUUGCGGAAGCCAUGUAGAAACAAACGGUCACCACGGCUUGUCUUGUUCAAGCAGCAAGGGUAGGUGGUCGCGCCAUGUCGAGAUGAACAACGAGAUUAAGCGUGGUUUGGAGACCGCGGGAUAUCCGUGUAAAAGCGAGCCUUCCGGACUGUCAGAUCUCCACGGCAAGCGACCUGACGGUAUGACCCUGAUUCCGGUGCGUGACGGCAAGGCGGUGGUGUGGGAUGCGACAUGCUGGGACACCGUGGCCGUGUCUCACGUGAACGCUAGCUCGAGAAAAGCCGGGAGCGUAGCCCAAAUGGCCGAAAACAGUAAGCGCGGGAAAUACGAUUUCGUAGAAGAGUUGGGAUAUCUCUUCUAUCCUCUGGCAGUCGAGACUUUCGGGACAUUUGGAGUGUCUUUUGCGGAGCUGAUUCGAUUCGUCGGCCGGAAGAUCCGCGAAUUAACCGGGGAACCUCGAUCUACGGCCUUUUUGAGACAACGUUUGAGCCUGGCAGUAGUCAGAGGAAACGCAGCGGCCGUUUUGGGCACGCUGCGCGCUCGGUCGAAUAGUUAG